GGCACUUUUUUAUUAUGCCGGAAGAACUGAAGCAGUGGGUGCACGAAGUGACAAAUUUUAGUUCACAGUACGCGAAUGAAGAACGAAUUUCAUUUUCCGUGAAUAAUUUGCCCGGUGUGCCGAAUGUGUAUCCCCAUCACGGAGAAAGCGUUGAAGCCUUCGAGCUCCGUUCUUAUGGCGCAUGGGACCGCCAAUCUCCGUCGUUCCUGUCCAGCUAUUUGAACGAACCCUGGGCUUCGAAAGUUUCCAGAACCGUGACUGAUUUCGUUGACGUGAAGCUUCGAGUACCUGUAAUACCGUCCAGCAUAGAAAUUUUCGAAACUUACAAUCCCGGAGCUGUUUCCGCAAUCUGGGCUUUCCGGUGGGCGAAUAACAGUUGGACAUCGCUGUGGGCCUCGAACGGCGUACCGGGCGACACGGAAAGUCACAAAAGUGGGACAUCAAGAAUUUUCAGUCCUCAACUGCGGAAAAUUCCGUUCAAGACCGACUUAUUGCGCUUCGAGUUUAACACCAGUUACUCGCCACAUCACGUUCAAAUCGAUGCGAUCCGCGUGAUAUCGAAUCCAGGUGUAAUGGUAGAUCCUGUUGUCGAAGAGCGAAAUGUCGAUCACACCUCAGAAUUACGGAGGAAAGUGGCAGAACUCAAUCUCCGGUGUGAUCCGGCCGACCUCCUGGCUGUGUUCUCAAAAUUCAUGGAACAAGAGUAUGCAGAUUUCGUUAAACAUUUCCAGUCUAGACUGAAUGGCUUGGAAUGGCUUCCGGAUUAUGUGAUCAUGAAAAUACUCGGAUACUUGGAUUUGAAAUCUCUCUGUGCGCUCAGUCGAGUGAAUCGUCAUUUGUAUCGAUUGUCGAGCGAUCCGUUACUGUAUCGCAAACUAGACAUGCGCCCGUAUUGGCCACAGUUGCGUGGAAAAUGUUUAUUCAAGUAUUUAUCAUCAAAAUGUAGUGUUCUGCGGAUGUUAGAUCUGUCGUGGUGUGGAUGCUACGGCGCAAUAACUGCGAAUGAAUUCUGCAAAAUCAUGGAUCGAUUCGGACAUACACUUCUUGGGCUGUGGUUGGAUUACUGCGAUUUUCUCACCAGCGAUGUAAUCAAGAUGCUGCAUAUUUGGUGUCCUCAACUCAAAGAUUUUUUUGUUCUGUUCUCGUCGAAAAUGGAAGUCGAUCUCGACUUCGUUCGCACGGAAUUAUUCGUUACGAAAACUGAUCGCGAGAAAACAUUAGAAUUGUUGGGGAAAGCGGACGAACUUGCACUAAGGAUCAGAAAAGGUACCUUUGUGACCCAGCAUGCGGCGAAAAAUUUGGGAGAAUCAACCUUGAAAAUGAUGCAGUGCGUACAACCUGUUGUGCAGGCGUGCUUAGGAUCAACUAAAUCGGACGCCCCCUCUGAAAUCUCGGGAGAUUCGCGGAAUGUUUGACGAAAUGUUGUUUUCCCGGAAGUUGAGAGUUUUUAUUUCUUUCUGAUGCAAACCAAAAAUAUGUUUCUCCAUUAAUUUUGAUUUGUUUUCCUACAGAACUGAGUUUAUGCGGUUUGCAGCUCAAAGGAGAUCCUGCUCAAUCUGGUUUCUUGUCACUUCGAGGACUUCGGAAUUUGGAAAGAUUGAACCUAUACAGAACGAAUAUAUCGGAGGAUGCCCUAAUCAUGGUCCUUGAUUCCUCUCCGAAUCUAAGGCACUUGCUCGUUGGUUCGUGUUGGAGCGUUGAGUCGAUGGAUCGUGUUGCCGCCGUUGUCCCGGUGUUCUGUCCGCGUAUCGAAUCCCUUGAUCUAUGGAGAGCUCCAGGUUUUACAGUGGCUGGCUUGACCUCAAUUUCGAAGUGCUCCAUGUUGCGAGAACUCGUUCUUGGCUGGACGAUUUCUGAAGACAGCUCUUUUCAUGCGGCCUUCCGAUUAUUUUGCUGCGGUGUACCGAACUUGCAGAAAAUUGAUCUGUCGGCCUUCAGAAUUCUGUGCGACGCUGAUGUGGACCACAUGUCGAGAUGCUGCCCAGAACUGAUGCAGGUCAUUUUAAUGGGUAACCGAACGGUGACAGUUUCAAGCGUCAAAAGAUUGCUUGUGGCUUGCAGAAGUCUGCGCCUCCUGGAUGUUGGAUACUGCAACGUUUCAAGAUAUGAAGUGGAAGAAUUACGUGCGCAGUAUCCGAAUGCAACCAUAAUUUGUGAUUGAAUGUGGAAUAAAUUGCGUUGAAGCAAUGCACGUGGAA